ACCAAAAAUAUAUAAAAAAAAAACAAAAAACAAAAAUAAAAAUAGGGAUCUCUCUCUUCGCGUGUUCUUUCGCAUUGAAAUGUGGAGGUAAUUCCUCCGCCGUCAAUCACCAUGCCGGCCACUCGCCCCGCCUCCGAUCUCAUCCUCGACCGCCUUCUCUCCAUUUCCUCCUCCGAUUGCCAAGUCAAGCUCAAGGCCAUCCGAGAGAUCAAGAACCAGAUCAUCGGCAACCGCACCAAGAAGCUCUCCUACAUCAAGCUCGGCGCCGUCCCCGCCGUCGCCGCAGCUCUUACCGGAGCCGAUGCCAGUUCCGAUUGCGGCUCCAGCCUCAUCGUUCAGUCCGCCGCCGCGCUCGGCAGCUUCGCAUGCGGCGUCGACGCCGGCGUCCGCGCCGUCCUUGACGCCGGUGUGUUCCCUCACCUGAUCAGGCUCCUCUCUGCCGCUGAUGAGAAGGUUGUGGAUGCAGCUGCGCGCUCUUUACGAAUGAUUUAUCAAUCGAAACUCGCGCCGAAGUUUGAUUUUUUUCAUGAGGCAAACAUGGAGUUUCUUCUUUCGCUAUUUAAGAGUGAGAAUGAGAAUCUUGCCGGGCUAGGUGCGAGCAUUAUUAUUCAUUCCUGCGAGACAAGUGACGAACAAAAUGUAGUAUGUUCUGCUGGUGCUUUAGAGAAACUUAUGGGCCUUCUUGAUGGUUCUAUAACCCAGAGAGAUGCUAGUUUAGAGUCCCUAGCUACUAUUCUUAAGAACAAUCUAGGAGCCGUCUCGAAAUUUGUUGAGCUUCAAAAUGGAAGAGCUUUGAGUUCUGUAAUUGAAUUGACGAAGGACAGAUGUCCGAGGACAAGGUUACUAGCUUGCUUGUGCUUGAUUUGUGUAAAGAAUUCUUCAUCUUGCUAUCUUCAAGAUAUAGGAAUCAAGGCCAAACUGAUUCAUAUUUUGCUUGAGCUCCUUGAUGAUUCUGGUCAAGUUGGAGACGAGGCUUCCUUUGCUUUUUCGAGUUUACUUGCGGAAAAGGAAGAUUUGCAUAAGUUAGCAUUUGAGGCAAAUGCUAUCGACAAGCUCUACAAUCACUUACAAAAUUGUGCUUUGCAUCCCAAACGUCUUGAAGGGAUAUUUCUAGCAUUAGCUAAUCUUUGCUCAAAAUUGGAAUGCUGCAGGUCUAAGUUUCUUUCAUUGCAGGUGUUGAAUCUUUUAAUUGAUGCCUUAACCCAUGAUGAGGCCAAUGUACGUGCCGCAGCUUGCAUUUGCUUAAGAAGUGUGUCUCGCUCAGUCAAGAAUUUAAGUGCAGGUUGUUUUAUGAAUGAAAAGAUUGUAAUUCCAUUGUUUCGGCUUCUCUCUGAUCAUUCUACUUCUGUCCAGGUUGCGGCCCUUGGUGCUAUUAGCAACAUAGUGGUUGACUUUAAACCCCAUAAGUCAACAUUCAUACAAUGCGGAGGCAUUAAAGAGCUUGUCCAAUUCACAAAGUCUAUGGAUUCGUCUUUGAGAUUGAAUGCUGUAUGGGUCCUAAGGAACAUGGUAUUUCUUGCAGAUAAGAGUUGUAAGGAAGGAAUUUUUAUGGAGUUGACAGUGUCUACAUUAGCUAGCCUCAUCUGUGAUCCUGAGCCUUCUGUUCAAGAGCAAGCUCUAGCCCUUGUUCGCAAUUUUAUUGAUGGAAGUAUUGAUUGUAUUGAAUAUGCUUUUGCUGGAGAUGGUAUCAUACUGGAUGCUGUUGGAAGGCAAUUGCAAAAAUCCUCAAAAGUUGAAAUUGGGAUACAGGGAAUGUACACACUAAGCAAUAUUGCAAGUGGAAAUGAGUUUCAUAAAGAAGCCAUAAUGCAGCUACUCUUUCCACAAGCAGAAGAUGGGUCAAACUCUUUCUUGAGCCAGUUUUUGCAGAGUAAUGACAAUGAUUUACGCGCAUCUGCUCUCUGGGUCAUAGUAAAUCUGACAUUUCCUUCAAGUCGCGGUGCAUUUAGUCGGAUUGUAAAACUGCGUAAUCUUGGCAUUGUUUCUCAAGUCAAGAGGAUGGUCAAUGAUUCUUGCAUGGAUGUGAAGCUUCGGGCAAGACUUGCACUUGGGCACAUUAUUACUUUUGGUGAUAGUUAAGUUUAGUUAGCUCCUACAUUUGAAGUCCUUGGGCUGCAGGCAAAGAAGAGAAAUCCUUAUAGAAUUUAUUUCCCCCCAUAUCCAGCCUUCUGUUUAAGCUUCCAAUAUGGUGUACAAGAUUGCUUUUAUUUUUUUAAACUGGCCAGAGGAGUGUGAAACUUAUCAAUUUUGUAAGCACUCCUGGGCUGGUUACCCCCAAGGUCUAUUUUUCUUAUUGCUUACAUGAUGUAUUAUUACUCUUUGCGAUUCGGAAGCUCAAAGUAAUUUGCAGGCUUUUAGUAUUGUACCAUAUGAGUAGUGAAUGUCAAUUUUAGGACUUAGUUUCAUCGUCAUUCUGGAAUUGUUUGUGUAAGCAAACAUGUCGAGGGGGUAAUAGUAGACAAAAUUUGGAUUCUGGUAAGCAACAUUCGGAUUCCGGUAUAUCGACAAAUGUUUAAACAACAUUGAACAUUCUUCUGGUUCUGGUAUUGGUGCAUCUCUUGUUAUCUUUCUUUUGGUAAA